AUGCCAGAAAGGCGGCAUGGCUUCUACCAGAAUUCUGCCACGUGUACAUGUUCUGUGGAAGCAUCUGGGGUUUCCUUUUGUUUGCAAGAUCGAGCUUUACUGUGCCGGAAAUGUGAUGUUGCUAUACAUACAGCAAAUCCUUAUGUCUCUAGUCAUCAAAGAUUUCUUCUUACCGGAGUAAAAGCUGGUCUUGAAACACCAACAGACCCUGGUGCAUCGUCUUCUGAUGUCAAAUCUUCUUCUAGUGAAAAAACUUCAGAAACUAAAACUAAUUCUACAUCUAGAAGGUGGGCUCCAAUGGCCUUUUCUGGUGGAUACAAUGAGGUCCUACCAUCAAAUGUUGGAGAUGAGAACAAUGACCUGACAAAAGUAACAUAUGCUGAUGGGGGUUCUACAGCUGGAAGCAUUCAGUCAUGGCAAAUGGAUGAUUUAUUUGGGCUAACUGACUUUAAUCAAAGCUAUGGUUAUAUGGAUGAUGGGUCAUCUAAGGCUGAUAGUGGCAAGCUUGGAGAUUCUGACAGUUCAUCAAUCUUGAGAUCUGCUGACGAAGAGGUAGAUGAUGAUGAGCGCUUGGGUCAGGUGCCAGACUCCUCAUGGGCUGUACAACAACUGCCUUCACCUCCAACAGCCUCGGGGUUGUAUUGGCCAAAAGAUUCUCGCAAUCAAUGUGAUAGUGUGGUUUAUGUUCCAGACCUAUGCUGCUCCGUUAUGAAAAACCCCCUUUAAUUCAUGGCGUCUGGCUCAAACCCGAAACACCGGCGACAUUUAGAAUAAUCUGGUAAAGUCCUAAUGCACAAGCUACUCUUCUCGCAGUUUCGGAUCCACCUUCUCAGGUGUUCUUUUAGCAUAUUAUCUAUUAUUUAUGUAGGUUUUGAUCCUUCCAAGCACCAGCCUGAGCUACUUACUUUCAGUCUGGGCUAAGCCACUUCUCUUCUAUGUAGAAAUCAUUGUCAUCCUGCAGUUGAUAUUUUGGUUGAUAAAGUAAAAAAACCAGAACGAAAAAGGUGUACUAGAAAAAAGCUUGUUAAUGGGUAUUAUUUCUAUU